AUGGUAGCAGCUGAUACUGAUACCGACACGGUUCCCACGAUGGAGGUGGAGAAAAGUGGAGAAGAGGGAAGUACCUGGGUCAGCAUGAGUCAACUGAUGCAACUGAAAUCCCUCCUGGCUCAGCUAAAGGAUAGCCGGGAUAACUCUGAGGCGAUGGUUCGGGAGUUACGUUCCGAAUUGGCCGUGUUACGUGAGCAUCAGCAGCACGGUCGAGCUGCGAAUCAACUAGAACCGCCCAUGCAGCCGCAAGAAGAUCAGCCAACGGCAAAAGGAACAGGGGGGUCUCCCCCUGAUCCGUCCCUACAAGCAGCCAAUCAAAUCCAACAGAAGCGCAUCCAGGAGCUCUCCCUGGAACUAAUUGAUGCCAAGAAGGAGAUACUUCGAUUGCAAGGCGAGAAUACUGAUCUGAGGCAUACCAACAAGAGACUCGAGAAGUACGCCAAGGAAGACGAGAAUCCUUUGGAGCACUCCGAAGAUGUUCGCAGGGAAAUGCGUCGCAUGAAGAAGAAAAUCAACAAAGCCGUACGGCAGUGUGAGAAAUUCAAAAAGAAGAAACAGAAUCUGGAACAUGAGCUCAGAACCAGUCGUUUUCGCGAGGAAGAAGCUGUCGUCUUUCUGAGGCGAAUUCGUAGCUUCUAUUACAUGAUCUGGAGAAACAACGUUGUCAGAGGCAGCGGUGGAUACGUCUCCAAUAGAAUCACCGUGGUGCCUUCCGGAGGCACUCCAGCAGGUGCGACUGAUCUCAAGGGAAUGGUAGAUUUGGACAAACUUAUGCUGGAGAGUGGUCUGUUGGAAACGGAUGAAAUAGGCAAGGAUACCCAAGACGACAAGCGCCCGUACCGGCCCUCGAGGACCAGUUUCCAGCGGAGCAACUUAGUGGCGGCGGAAGUUGCCAAACGAAACGCCAUUGCCGCGAGCACCAAGUCAUCGCAAGCCUCAACACAACAAUCUGUUAAACCAGUGGUGGGCACGGGCGGCAUGGAAGUCCCACCGCAUCCACGAGGGCCCUUGUCUGCAGUCAAACCUUUGGAGAGCCCCAAAGCGACCGAUGCACGCCAGAAGCUAGAUCAAACGCCAGCUGGCAGAUUCAUCACACUUCACGAGACGAGACUGCAGGCAGAAAUUACACAAAACGCCGACAGGAUUCGAUCGCUGGAGGAGGAACUAAGCAAGGAGAAGCAGAAGAAGAACGAUCCUGGAAGCGAAACCAAGCUAGCCGAAGAGUGCAAUGUCUUGCGAAAGCAACUGGAAACCAAGGAAAAUGAUAUGCGUAUCAUUGUUACUAAGCUGCGAGAAUCCAGCGUCCUCAAUUGGAAAUUGCACGAUUCGUCCAAGCGACAAGAAGAGCACAUUCUCUAUCUGGAAAACCGACUGGAAAACUACAGAGGAACUCCUAUCAGUGACACACAACUCGCGCAGGGAAUAGCGCCGUUGGAAGAACCGGCAGCAACAGCCAAUACGGGCAGGGCCAAAUCUCGGCGAAAGGGGCCCACGGCAAAGUCGUACGCCUCGGAAACAGCCCCUUCGACGGACUUGCAGUCGGAGGGCCCAAACGAACCAUCCGCUGGUGGAUCAACGCAGGAACCAAACGAACCAUCCGCUGGUGGAUCAAUGAAAGGUGGGUCCAGCAAAGGCAAAAAAGAUGCCAGCGCUGCUUCACAGGUUUCGUUCGUGGAGCAAGUGGCGAAUGCCAAGGAAAUCGCGCUCGAGGCAGCCGAGGUGCUAUCUGCUCGGUCAAAGAAAACUUCUGUUGGCAGCUCAUCUCCAAAGAGUUCCAAUCAAGACAUGGGAUAUCAUGCCGAAGGCGAUGAAGAUGAGGAAUCCGAAGAAUCCAAUGUCCCGGAGUUUAUUCAGAAACGCAAGAGAAUCCUGGAAGACGACAGACGCCGUCGCCGAGACGAUGACGACGACGAUUACAGCGAUGACAGCGAAUAUGAAGGCCAACGCUCCGAUAUUUCAUCAUCGUCAAAGAGUGUCAAUCGGUUCGCAUCCCCAGAAACAAGAUUCGUCCAGAUAUCGCCACAGGAGGAGUGGAAGAGGCGAAAACUAGCCGAGAAGAAGAACAAGAGAAAGCGAAAUUUCAAGCUCAAAGGGGGGAAGGAUGCCAGUGACAGUGGCGGCGACAGCAGACCCCCCUGGAUGCAAAAGCUGCGCCCGAAAGCGGGCAAGAACAUGCCUGGAUGGAUGAAAAAUCUGAAAGGUGACGACGGUAGGCCGGAGCCACCAUGGAAUAAGUUUCGCAAGAAGAACGCAAACCAAAAAUCCGAGCCAGAGGAAGAUACUGACGUUCCAGAAUACAUGCGCAAGGCAAAGAAGAUUGGGAAAAAGAUGGCAAAAGAGGUUAUUGUUACCACUGCAGGGACGACUACUCAAAGCAACGAUCCGGCUGCUAGAUACAGGGCAGCCCAGGCUGAAAUGAACAAUCGCGGGAACAACACUGAUGAUGACAACGACGAGGAAGACGACUAUGACGAACCUGAGCGAGAGCCAUCACCACCUCCCCGAGAGCCUUCUCCAGAGCCAGCACCGGCACCGGCUCCUCCUCCGCCACCAGCCCCCGCACCAGCUCCUCCUCCACCACCGGCUCCUGCUCCGCCUCCACCAGCUCCUGCUCCUCCACCACCGGCUCCAGCUCCGCCGCCACCUGCGCCGGCCCCACCGCCACCAGCUCCUGCACCCCCUCCAGCAAAGAAAAGCAGCCUAUUUGAUUCUGAUAGCGAUGAUUCAGAUUCGCCACCCAGGAAAGCACCCGCCCCUGCCCCGCCACCCGCCGCGGCGAAAAAGAGCAGCUUUUUGGAUUCUGAUUCCGACGACAGUGAUGACAGUUCGUAG